AUGGAUCUUUCUGGAAAAACCAAAAAAUCAACAUUUUAUGAUAAAUAUGAACCUAGUGAUACAUUUACAAAAGUAGCAAAAGGAACAGUAAAAAUAAUAACUUUUAUUAAUAAUUCAAUUCCUGAUGAUUUUGAUGAGAUUUUAAAUACAGAUAAUGAUAAAUGGAAUUAUUACAAUAUAAAUGAAAAGAUUGAGAAUUUGAAUCUUGAACUUCAAGAACAACAAAAAAUAUUAACAGUAAUGGAAUAUAAUAAAAAACGAAAACAUCAAAAAACAAUCAGAUUAAUAGAUGAUGAAGAUAUAGCUGAAGAAUGUCUCAAUUUCAAAAAGGAACAAUUACAUCAAAAAAAUUUAAAGAAUUUGUUGAACAAAAUUUAUUAA